AUGAAUGUCUAUAAGAACUGUGUACGCACGGAUUUCGUCGGCCACCGGUUGUGCUUGUGUGUUCUUAUGUGCACACCGUACGACAAGACAACGGCCUGGCAGAUGGUGGCUUCCCGACACCGAGGCGUCAUCUAUCUACGUAUCCAUCCGACAAAGAAGGAAGUGCACGAAUACCUCAAAGGGAGGAAGGACAACUGCUCUGUGGAUCGCAUGACAUACUGGGGCAUCAAGUUUCACCGCAUCAUGAGCACAACUGAGCCAUGGGUGGCAUCCGAGGAAGGGGAUGUGCUGAGAGAAGGUGAGUCGUACAACACCGUCUUGCGUGGCCAGAUUGGAAUGCACACAUUUGUGGUAUCCGGAGAAGUAAAAGCUGUGGACCCUUCUGUUGAGUGCAAGCCAGGUUCUACAGCAAGCUACGUGGAUUUCAAGACGAACCGUGUCUUCUCCGAUGGAUCACACCACUUGAAUUUUCACAGGCACAAGCUGCUCUCCUGGUGGGCCAAGUCGCGUCUUGGAGGCGUACCAAAAGGAUUGUGUGGUUUUCGAGAUGACGAUGGCAUUGUCAGGCACGUCCAGGAGUUUGAUGUGAGCACACUGCCAGACAAGGCCAAGGGACUGUGGUCAGAAGAUGUGUGCAUGCAGUUCCUGGAUGAUGCGCUUAACUUCAUCAAACAGCAUGUUAAAGGUGACGAUGGGAGGUUAGUUCUUUAUGCUGUGGUCAUGUUCAAGUAA